AUAUGUGACAUUCAGUCUUGAUUAUUCAAGUAUAAUUGGACGUAAUAGUUUUGAACAAUGUUUAACGUUAGCAAUUAUUCAGAUACAAAAAUGUUUUGUAAUUAAAAAAUAGUAAUCUUUAAAAGUAUUAUUUAUUUAAAAAAUGUUUUAUAUUAAAACUCCUACAGGGCAAAUAUCAUUUCAUAUUAUAGAAAAGUGCGUCCUUGAUAGGUUAGAAUACUUACAAUUAUUGUACGAGGGUAAACCUCAUGAAUUUAAUGGUGAUUUUGAGUAUUUAUUAGAAAAUUCAGUAUAUGAUAAAAUUGGACAUUUUAUAUUGCGAUUAUUAGCAUCUGUGUCACAGGAGAUAUGUAAUUAUUGGGUUAUCAGAGAAACGUUAUUAUUCCAAACUAGGCUGAAUUAUAUUUUACCAAGACAAUUAUAUAGGCUAUUUAAGAGUAUUUUAUAUCAAUUAGGCGAGCUUAAAGAUAAAAAAGGAUUGAUUAAUAGAACAUUAAUCGAUAUAUGUAGUUUCUUCUCAAAACCACUUGUCUUUAAACAUAUUGUAUCAAAAAAUCAUACAGGGGAUUGUGAUUUUCAUAAAACUAAAGUGAGACAUGAGGCAGUACCAGAUUUAAUAAAGAAAAGAAAACUAGACUUGAGUGCAGGAUAUGCUAUUGUAUACUGCUCCAAAUGGAAAAAAAUAUUAAAAUCAUUGUUUUACACUUACAUAAGUAAUGAAGUAAUAUGCAUGAAAUCAAAAGCACAAUAUAUUAUAAAUCAGGAUAUUAGACUUAAUUACUUAUAUUACAAAAUUCAUUCUAAAAUAUUGCAAGAAAAUCAAAUAUCUAUCAAAUAUGGAAAUAUAACUAAAAAAAAUAUAGACAUAGAAAUAAAAAAUUUUCCACUUUGUAUGCAACACCUGCACACAAAACUAAGAACGACACAUAGACUUAGUCACUAUGCUCGUUUUUAUUAUAGUUUAUUUUUAAAAGAUGGUGGAAUGAAACUAGAGGAUGCUAUAAAUUAUUGGAAAGAAGAAUAUUCUAAACCUCAUUCCUGUUCUUCUAGUUGUUUACAUAAUUGGAAAUCAAAUGAACGAAAAUUUAUGUACAGUAUUCGUCACCUUUAUGGAUUAGAAGGAUCUCGGAAAAAUUAUAAAUCUCCUACUUGCGAGUUGAUAUGUAUGAAUACAUCAAAUCCCAUGUAUGAAGGAGGAUGUCCAUUUAAAAACUUUGAUGUAAAUACUUUAAAAGAUCUUUUAUCUUCAUCAUUAUCAAGUGAUUGUGUAACAAAUUUAUUGAAAACUACAUGUUCUCAAACUCCUCAGAUUUCUUGUGCUAAAUAUUUUAUGAUGCUAAAUCAAAAUAACAACAAUAAUAUUGUUAUUAAUAGCCCUUUACAAUAUUAUUUUACAAUGAUUAAUCAAAUUUAGAUAUAUAAAACAUGAAUUUGGUAUUAAAUAUAAAUUAGAAGCAUUUUAAUCUCAAAUAUUUAGUGCAAUAAAAUAUAAAAAUAAAGCUAUUUAUUAUAUACAUUUCUCUAUAAUUAUAAAAAUUAAAAUUUUUUAAGAACACUUUCUACAAGUGCAUGAUUCACACCAUUUUUAACAAAUAUACAAGUAACACCAAGUUUACCCACAUCAACAAUAUUUCUAU